AUGCUCAAGUCCCACAGUCAGCCCUCAGCCCUCGGUGUCCACAGGUUCCGCAUCCAAGUAUUCAACCAUUCGCAGUUGGUUGAAUCCAAGGAUGCGAACCCCAGGAUACCAAAGGCUGAUUGUACAAAUUCCCACUACACCAAAGUGCGCACCCAGUGCAGGCAGCAGGCUGCCACCAAGAAGGCUGGCAGUGCCCUCUUGAGGAAUCCCUGGGUACUGCCGGGGACCCAGCUGGACUCUGGAGAACAUUUGCCAAGGGCAGCCAGCAGAACCAUGGGAAGCAGAAUCACAGAAAUUGCUGUUUUGACAGAACUCCAGGGUAGGACUGAGGGUGGGGACAUUGGCCAAACUGUAGUAUUGGGGGACAAGUCAGCCCCUCUUUCGUCCUCAGGCUUGUUAGAGUGCUGUGCGAGAUGUCUCGUAGGGGCCCCCUUUGCUUCCCUGGUGGCCACUGGAUUGUGUUUCUUUGGGGUGGCACUGUUCUGUGGCUGUGGACAUGAAGCACUCACUGGCACAGAAAAGCUAAUUGAGACCUAUUUCUCCAAAAACUACCAGGACUAUGAGUAUCUCAUCAAUGUGAUCCAUGCUUUCCAGUAUGUCAUCUAUGGAACUGCCUCUUUCUUCUUCCUUUAUGGGGCCCUCCUGCUGGCUGAGGGCUUCUACACCACCGGCGCAGUCAGGCAGAUCUUUGGCGACUACAAGACCACCAUCUGCGGCAAGGGCCUGAGUGCAACGUUUGUGGGCAUCACCUAUGCCCUGACCAUUGUGUGGCUCCUGGUGUUUGCCUGCUCUGCUGUGCCUGUGUACAUUUACUUCAACACUUGGACCACUUGCCAGUCUAUUGCCUCCCCCAGCAAGACCUCUGCCAGUAUAGGCAGUCUCUGUGCUGAUGCCAGAAUGUAUGGUGUUCUCCCAUGGAAUGCUUUCCCUGGCAAGGUGUGUGGCUCCAACCUUCUGUCCAUCUGCAAAACAGCUGAGUUCCAAAUGACCUUCCACCUGUUUAUUGCUGCGUUUGUGGGGGCCGCAGCCACACUGGUUUCCCUGCUCACCUUCAUGAUUGCUGCCACUUACAACUUUGCCGUCCUGAAACUCAUGGGCCGAGGCACCAAGUUCUGA